AUGCGAUUAAUCAGGUCGCAAAUCAAUCUCGGGGAGCUGGGAAUUGACGCCCUCAAACCCAGGAGAGCCCAGACGGGGGCCAUCAUCCUGGAGAUCUCGGGGGAGAACGCCAAGGAGAAGGCGGACUCCCUGGCCGAUAGGAUGAGGGCGGUCGUCGGAAACAGAGAGGGAGUGAAAGUCACGCGCCCUGCCAAGAUGGCGGAAAUCCGAGUUCGUGACUUGGACGACUCCAUCACGGUGGCAGACGUGAGGGAGGCGGUGGCCGAGGCGGGGGGGUGCAUACUCCAAGAUGUUAAGGCUGGCGAAAUCAAACUCGCCCCAAAUGGUUUGGGUACCAUUUGGAUUCAAUGUCCGUUGGCGUCAGCCAAGAAGGCUGCUGCCGCGGGGAGGAUUAAAAUAGGGUGGAUCAGGGCAAGAUUGGAGUUGCUGGAGAACAGGCCUCUAAUCUGCUUCAGAUGCCUCGAGAGGGGCCACGUCAGGGCCCAGUGCCGCAGUAAGGUGGACCGAAGUGAGCUCUGCUGCAGGUGCGGGGAAACCGGACACAAGGCCCAAACGUGCCGAGCCGAGCCCAAGUGCCCGGUGUGUACGGAAAAAGGAUUACCGGCCAAUCACAAGGCCGGGAACAAGGCCUGUCCCCUACCGUCAAAGAAGGCCUUGAAGAAGAGGAGGCGCGUGGAAGAACGACAGCAGGCAACACCGCAGACCCCGCGGAGCCAGACUGGAGGACAACCCGCGAACUUGGACGCGAUGGAGGUGGAGCCCCCAUAG